AUGUGGCAAUACUUUGUGCUGAUCGCUAGUCUGUGCACUAUUCCUCUGCAGAGCAGCGCCUUUUGGUGGCCCAAGUCAACGACCGAAACUCCCCGCUCCCAGGUGCUGCAACAGAUCCCGCUCACCUACUUCCGCACCUACACAUACCAGCCGUUGGCGGGCGAGACAUUUAGCGUACCACUCUUUGGCUAUGGGGCAGCACAGACUCCGCUGCUGUCCGGGCGCCAUUACAAUCCGUAUGCGGUGACCAGCUAUGCGGCAGCACGACGUCAUGAUGCUGCCGCUGCCGGACACAAGACGGACGUAACACCACCCGCAAUGGGCAGCAGUAGCACUUUGUCCAGCACAUCGCCAGCGCCAAGUACAACGACCACCUCGACAACAACAACCACGCCGGCACCAACAACUACAACUACAACAACAACAUCAACGACAACGAGCAGCACAACCAGUGCUCCUCCUCCUCCGCCCAGCAGCACGACAGAAGCAUCAUCAUCGCAGCGCUACGCCGCCUACAAUGCGGAGUAUCCGACCUACACUCGCCGUGUGAACAAUCUCUAUAAUACCCGGCCGCAAUAUCCGUAUCCGGACUAUUUCAACUAUCAGCCGCAGAGUACGCUGUCUGAGAAAAGCGGCACUCGCAUUCAGUUUGUGCCCUGCAUGUGUCCAGUCAGCAUGCCCAGCAUGUCGAGUCUGUCGGGAAUGGGCCUUAACAGUGCCAGCACCAGCACAGACCAGGACCGACCCACGGGAGUAUCCAUUAGCAGUACCGCUGCGUAUGCUCCAGCCACAGUUGCAGAAGUUCCGAAUGUGGAACGUAACAUUGUCAGUGUACAGGCGCGACAAAUGGAGAGCGAGGAAGCUGAGUUGGAGGAUGAGGGGGAUGCUGUCUCAACGGAGGAUACUGAUACUCCCGUUGACUCGAAAGUUACCAUGGAGCAGCAGGACACCACGCCCACCCUUGAGUCCAACAGCCUGGUUUAG